AUGUCAAAAAACGAACCAUUUUUAGGAGUUUUAAAAGUCAAUUCCCAUUUUGAUAGACCUGCGGGAGAUGUUGCAAGUUUAGAUAGUUGGAAUAUUCCUGUUAAGGUUUAUGUCAUGGAAAAGUCUUCCGUAUUUGAAGUUGUUAAUACUUCUAACAAUUAUAGUGAAGAGUUCAUUCAAGGAUGGGUUGAUGUUGCUGAAGAAGCUAUCAAUGAUGGAGCUGUUGCUAUUGUUACCUCAUGUGGAUUUUUAGCUACUCUUCAUCAUGUUUUACAAAAGAAAUUUCCAAAAACUCCAAUUGGGACUUCAUCCCUUUUACAAAUUCCAAUUGCUGAACGUUUAAUCGAACCAGGUAAAAGAAUUGGUGUUAUCACUUUUGAUUCUGAAUUCUUAAGUGUAAAACAUUUAAAUGCUGUUGGUGCUGAUCCAUCAACUCCAAUUAUUGGUGUACCUCAUGGUUCAUCUUUCAACAGAUUAAUUAGAGACUGUGAGCCUUAUGAUUAUGAAGAACAUUGUAAAGAUUUAAUCAAAUGUGCUGAAGAUUUAUUAGCUCAACAUAGUGAUAUUGGAGGUUUUGUUUUAGAAUGUGCUAAUAUGCCACCUUUCAGAAAUUGUAUCAGAAAAGCUACUGGUUUACCUGUCUGGGACAUUGUUACCUUAGGUAAUUACGUUUAUGAAGUUGGUUUAGCAAGAGCUUUCCAAUAG